UAAAUAUCAAAAUGCACGUUUUCAACAUAUCUGAUGACAGACCCUUGUAAGUGGACACUUUAAUAUGGAAACGCGUGAAAUUAUGCACUAUUAAUAACAUUUAAUGUAAAUGCCCUGGAGCAUACUGUCCACUUACAAGGGUCAUAUGGCGAAGAACGACCACCUCGUGUAUGACAGCUUCGUUGUCGCUUCGGGCGAAAAUCUACAAGGUGUAGAGGACAACUCGGUGGAUGUUGUGGUGAGCACACUGGUUCUGUGCUCAGUUAAGGAUGUUCACAAGGUUCUGGAGGAGACGAAGAGAGUUCUCAGGCCCGGUGGAGCAUUUUUCUUUAUGGAGCAUGUGGUAUCUGACCCCUCAAGCUGGAUUUACUUUUUUCAACACGUUCUACAGCCUUUAUGGUACUAUAUGGGGUAUUUGUGUGAGACAACUCGUGCCAUUUGGAAGGAUCUUGAGGCGGCUGGCUUUUCAGACCUGCAGCUACGCCAUAUUCAUCCUCCUCUGUUUUUCAUGAUCAGACCUCACAUUGUUGGUUACGCUGUAAAAUAAUGAAUGUUUAUCUGAAGUCUAUAUUCAUUAACUAGGAUUGUUUAAUUGAUCCAAUGUUUUCUUUUUUUGUUUUAGAAAUAUAAUUUUGUAUCAAAGAGUAACACAGUUAAUACCAAGACUGUGUUAUGUGUCUUGUUAUACCUUUAUCUUGUUCACACAUUUAAAUAGGUGCAAAGUCCCUUUCAAGGAGUGACUCAGCAGCGUAUUUGCAUUGCCUAAAGGAUAAAAAAAAGCAACUUACAUAAAUUGUAAGAACAACAACAGUAAAAUAAUAAAAUUAAUUAACAUUAAAGCAAAAGCCAUGGGAAGAUUUAUAUUUUUUUCUUUUUUGUGCCCUUUAUAGACAUUACAUCUGAUGGAUCCUACCUUAGAUCCUCACGUGCAGAAUGUUUUUAUUAUGUUGUUUUGUAGUUUAUUUUUAAACAUUUAUUUUCAUAAUCAUUAGUUAUCCAUAUUAUUAUUUAUUUGAUUAUUCAAUAUUAUUUUUAUCAUUAUAUUAUUGUUUAUUUAUUCAUUCAGUCAUUCAUUAUAUUCUGUUAAACGUAGUAACAGUGAGUAAUUUAUUUCCUGGCGGGAUCUGGCGUCCGGCGCUGGAUCCUAAAUAUUUUUCCUGCGGUAGAGACCCGAUCUAACAAAGUUGUAAAGUACUCCAACAACGCAAUUCACAUUAAAGAUUAGCCUAUGUAGGAUGGAUAGUAUGCAAAUUGGGACGCAGUGUGAGGUCAGAGGUGAGGCUCGAGCAGAAUGAAUUCCCGCGUCUCUGCACAAGAUGGCGCCCUCUGUCCGGAUUUACUUGUUUUCAUUCACUCAAGUGCACUGUAUCAUUUGUAAUGUAGACACUAAUAAAUUAGAGUAAAGGGGUCCUUUGCUGACGUUAACAAAUAUUUAUUUAUGCCGAAAUGUAUAGUUAAGUCUAAGACGAGAUGCCAUCAUGUGAGCAAUUAACUAAGUAUAGCUAUUUGGUAUUAGUAUAUAUUUUAUUAUUUGGUCCCAAUAUUAUCUAGCUGCAGCCCCGCACGCCACGAUUCAAGGCACACGAUCCAGGGCGGAAGUGGGGGCGGCACCGAUGCACGCGCUUCAGGACAAACGCGGUUUGUCUACCAUUAUAUUUAUUAUAUUUGAUAUAUGUAUUUGAUACUCUGUUCACUGUUCAGAAUAUUGGAUUAAUAAAAAUAAAAAAAGACAAACGCGAAGUGAAGGACAGUUGGCGUUCUGUUUUUUUUUUUGUGGUGCAGAAAUAUUUACUUAGGAAAUAUAUUUUAUUUA